AUGUCUUCAUCAUAUGUUUAUAUACUAGAUCGAUCUGGUGCCGAUGGUCAACCUGGUGCCAAUGGAACCAAUGGUGUUGCUGGUCAAGGAGGAAGAAAUGGACUUAAUGGGAUGAAUGGAGGAAGGGAAGAAUCUCGAAUGGAUGGGUUUAAUGGUCAAGAUGGUCAACCAGGAACGAAUGGUUUGAGAGGAACUGAUGCAAGCAAUGGUCAAUCUGGACAAAACGGAGGAAAUGGAAAUUUAAUUAAGGUCAAGCUGAUUGGAGAUUCGAAUCAAAAAAUUCUCGUUCAGGUCAAUAAUGCUCAAGAUCGAUACAUUUCCAUUCCGGAUAAUACUCAAAAAGCAAUUUUAUUAAAAGGUAACGGCGGAAAUGGAGGUCAGGGAGGAAAUGGUGGUAAUGGUGGGCCAGGUGGAGCAGGAGGUUCAGGUGGCUGGGGAGGAGUUGGAGGUCCUGGACAAAAUGCUUCACAAUGGAGUAUAGGAGGUAAUGGUGGUGCAGGUGGUAAUGGUGGAAAAGGAGGGGAUGGAGGUAAUGGAGGAGCUGCUGGCCAUGGAGGAAUGGGUGGUGACGGUGGUGAUGGAUCCAAUAUUGAAGUAGAAACCUAUAACCCUGGAUUGUUAAAAUUUGUCACGUGGGAAUGUCGGGCUGGUAUGUCAGGAAAAGGAGGAAGUGGAGGUCAAGGCGGUCAGGGAGGAGCUGCUGGUAAUGGAGGGCCUGGAGGAGCAGGCGGACCUGGAGGAGCUCAAUUCAUGUUCUCUGAUCAAAAUGGUAUGCUGUAUUGCAAUCAAGGAGGUUUUCCUGGAAGAAUGGGAACGCAUGGAGAGCCUGGAGCACCUGGUUUGAAAGGUGUCGAUGGAACAGACGCGAGAGAUGGUCGGGACGGAAGACCAGGUCAAGUCAUUUUCAAAGUUCUCGAUCAAUAUGGUAAUGCCAUGGAAGUAUCAGAUAACCUGUAUGACCUACAGGUCGAUUCAUUCGCCAUCAUACCUUGUGGAGUGCACACGGAAAAUUUCCAAGUGAAUGAAGAUGAUGGAAUUAUAGAACCUGGAGAAACCAUAUACAUUUGUGACAUUCAGGUACAAAAUGUAGGUGGAAUGACCCUUCCAGAAAACACACUUCUUAGUGCUCCAACGACCAUGCCUUCGAGUCGAGAAAAUUUUCAUCCUUUUAUUGCAGCUAAAGGUGUCGAAAAUUUCACAACUCUUCCCACCAUUCCAAAAGGUGGAAUUUUUAAAGUACCCUCCUAUUUGAAGGGUUAUGUUGCAGCAGCGACACCUCCUGAAUUUGUCAAGUACAAUUAUUUGAUUGGAUAUGAAAAUCCGCCACCUCCUCGUUUCAAGAAGGAAAUGAAAAUUGAGACCCUUGGAAGCAUUUUCAAUUCGCCUUUUGAGAAAUCAAAAUGUUCAAGCGUAUUUACAGUACAGUACCCCAUUCAGAUUGAGACGAUUGUAGGUCCUUCACAUCUUGGGAAAAAUAAUGAAAGAGCCACUGUGACCAUUCGAUUUUCAAACAUUUCUAAUUUGGAUUAUGGUGCCUCUGUGGAUGCACACAAAAAACUCUCCCUGUCCAUUUAUUUUGAUAACAAGUUCAUGAUUUUGAAUGAGAGGAACGUUUUAGAACGAGACAAUAUGCAAUACGUUCAUGAACACAUUGACCUAAUUCAAGCCAAAAGAAGUUACGAAAGACAUUUUCAAUUGUCAAUUCAACCAUCUGCAGAAUAUUUUGAAAGACUUCGAAUUUCGGCUCAUCUCUUGUUGAGAGACCAAACCAUUGAAAUUUCUGAACAUUUAAUUCGUGUCUCUCCAUCCUAUGAGCCAUGUACCAAUACUGUUGAAAAUCCUCAUGAUCUCUUGUUCAUCACAGAUAGACACUUGUCAAGAAUCGAAUAUUUGCGAUACAUGAGACUCUUCGAUGGUUGUGGUCUUCGUGUCAAUUAUUGGGAUAUUGAGCGAUAUAAUGGUAUUUCUAUCGAUGCCAAUACUGGAACAAGACAUGAAUUUUCAUGGACAGACAAGAGCAUGUAUCAAGGAAAAACUAUAAUAUUUCCACUUUCAGAUGAGAGAAGUAUCCACUUGUUGAAUCCCAAAGAUAUAUUUUCAGUGUUGAGAAAUUUGGACGAAAACAACACUAAAAAUACGAGAGGUGGAAUUUUGUUACUUGGAAAUUUAUCGUGUGAACAGAUUAGAGACUUUUUAUUCGCAUCCAGCGAUUCUAUUCAUUUGCCAGAACAGUUAUUGAGUGAAAGAUUUUUCACACACAAGGCCACGUUUGAAGAUUUACAAAAAAUUUGCAACAAAUUCAUGCAUGAAUUAGAAGAGGAGCAUCCAUCCAAGAUUUACAAAUUGCAUGACGUCAAGUUUGAACCUACAAAAACUGGAAUUGGAAAAUAUUUACUGGGAUCAGCGCAGUACUCUGUUCUUCCUAGCAGUGCUUGUGACAAUUUAUACAGCAUUCAAGUCGAAGAUAAUUCCUCUGCUCAUUUUUUAAGUAAGGACAAUAUCUCUUGGACUGAAACUAAUUUUCCAAUGCAGUCGCAUGUUGCAACAACCUUAAUAGGAAUGAUAUUCUCGUUAUCACCCCAGAGGAGAGUGGAGUUAUUGGCUACUCCAAACUUGAAAUGCAAGAGUGAGCAAUGGAAUAUUGUCAAAGAGUAUCAAGAACGCGAAAAGAAACUGUUAGUUACAAAGCGUCAAGAAUAUUCCAUCUAUGACAUUAUUUCCUUGUCUUUCUAUUAUGACAUGCAUCAUGAUGUCACCUAUAAGGACAUUGCAACAAGUAUUAUUGCUCCUUUGAUUAUGGAGACAUUUGAAAAGCGUUUGGGAGCAUUCAAAGGAAUGACACCAUUUGAAAAAGUCAAAGUGUCACAAUGCAUGUGGUAUGCGUUCAAACAUAUCAAACAUGAUUUCAAAUGGACAGCUAUUUUCUCUUCCAUGAAACAUAAGAAGAAACAAUUCAAAGUAUUGUGCUCUCAAUUAGAGGAUUUACUAUUCAAAAACAUUUUAACGGAGAAGCAAGACAAAAAGAUUGUAAAAAAGCAUGUGAAAAUGCUUCUUUGCUCGACUCAGUAUUUAAUCAAGCUCAACAAUUUGAAAAGACCGCUACUCACUCCAAGACAAGAAGACAUGGAAGAAGAUCACAAGGAGGCAAAAUCUAAAAAUGGUUUUGCUCCCACUAGCGACAUGCACUCAUCUUUUGUGGCACAAAACAACUCUGGUGGCCAUCAUUUGGUUUAG